GUGCCUCACUUAACUAUUCUUGAAAUUUCUGAACUGCCCCCAAAUUUCAGGCGGGACAAAACGUUCUCAAGCAGGUCUAUUUCUGAAAUACAGAAUUUGCAUACAAAUUUAUCAUGGCAAAUGUGGGAAGCCUGAAAAAUGCAGUAGCAGCAACAUUUAAGCUUGUACUUGUUGGUGAUGGAGGAACUGGUAAAACUACCUUUGUCAAGCGUCAUUUGACAGGAGAAUUUGAAAAGAAAUAUAUCGCCACUCUGGGUGUUGAGGUUCAUCCUCUGACGUUCUUCACAAACCGAGGUGAAAUUGUUUUCAAUGUUUGGGACACAGCAGGACAAGAAAAGUUUGGUGGGCUGCGAGAUGGUUAUUAUAUACAAGGCCAAUGUGCCAUCAUCAUGUUUGAUGUAACUUCAAGAAUCACUUAUAAAAAUGUACCAAAUUGGCACAGAGAUUUAGUUCGCGUCUGUGAAGGCAUUCCGAUUGUGUUAUGUGGGAACAAGGUCGACAUUAAGGAACGUAAGGUCAAGGCGAAGAGCAUAACGUUCCACAGGAAGAAGAACUUACAAUAUUAUGAUAUCAGUGCUAAGAGCAAUUACAACUUUGAAAAACCAUUCCUGUGGCUUACAAAAAAACUGUGCGGAGAUGCAAACAUGGAAUUUUCUGAAAUGCCUGCCCUUCAACCACCAGAGGUUUUGAUGGACCCUGGCAUGGCUGCUCAAUACGAAAUCGAUUUAGCAGCUGCAACACAAACAGCGUUACCGGAGGAUGACGAUGAAUUAUGAGAAGCAAGCUCGUUGUAUUCGUCAUCUCAAGGGUGUUGCUCCUAUUGGAUAAUCAAUGAUAAAUCGACAACUAUAUUUCGACAAUUAACAAUAUAUAAAUUUAAAAACAAGUUUCUACCAAAUAAUUCUUAACACUUUAUUUUUUUUAAUUACGGUAUGUAUAUUACUUUUUUCAAACUCUGGUAGUUGGUUAAUAUUAUGUUCUUUUGGUAGGUGAUGAUGCAUCUGGGUGUGGGUCGAUUAGCAUCAGUGGGUGCCUAUUGUAUUUAUUUAUGCUUUGAAGCUUGUCUACUUUUCGUAGCUGACUCUUUGUACGGGUAGUAACCAGAGCCAGCUACAGUGAAAGCUAUUUUUUUUUAUACUGCUUAUCUGACAAAGCAUUCAAGAAGAAUACUGUAAUAAUUUCAAUUUAAAAUUAAGUCUGUGUAGAGACUAAAGGGAAUAUUUUGUAGAAGUGUUUUUGUAUUUAUAUCAGAAAAGAGAAAUUGUAUCUAAAUUCACAGGAGCUAUGUUAUUUUGUGAGGUGGUGAUGAUGUUUAGGGGUGUGAUUUAAGUAUACCGUACUUGUAAAUUUGUAAUAAGUUUCCUUACGAUCCUUUAAUAGGAAAUGGCUGAAAUGAUUGCAUGCUGUUGUAUACUAGAAAUCAUCAAAAUUAAAAUAUAAUAAACAUACAAAUGUGGUACUGUAGCUAAUAAUGCCCCAUAUACCUUACUUGUACGGAAUAGUGGUAAAAUAACUGGCCAUUUCUUUUCAAUAAACUUAAUUUGUACCCGUGUGUCAUAUAGUAGAGUGCAUUGAUUUCAGGAGAGAAUAUUCACUGAAUGAUCUACCAGUUGUGUUUAAAUCCAUUAAUAUUGUAGAUGUUUUUACGGUAUAACCCAAUACAAGAACAAGAGAACAUAGCAUCUUUAAGACCACAAACAGUAGUUUAGUUGUAGAUUACGGCAUUUAUAUUGUCAUUCAAUAUUUCAAUCCUGCUUGGUAACGUCUCUUGGAUGGAGAAAGAAGGUAAAUACUGUAGUUCAACUUUGUACUGUACUUGUAAUUGUUUCACAAUAACAUUUAUCAAAUAAAUGAAUGCAAAGCAUCAGGU